UUUAAGAACAGAUGAAAGUUAUAUUUUUUAUGUUUGUAGAACAACAUUUAAUGAACUUGUUAAUCAAGGGAGAUGUUUUAAUUUAUAUGAUGAAGGUAUAAAUAUAUUAAAAACUACAGGAUUAUCAUAUGAUAGAAAACGUAUGAUCUAUGAAGAUUAUUAUAAAAAUGUAUUGGAAAAUCGGAUACCAACGAAAAAUGGAGAAUUAUAUGGAGAUUAUAAUCUGUAUUAUCCAGAGUAA